GCUGACGAGCUUGGUUUAACAGAAUCCGUACUUCACAGUAACUUGAGUUUUGAACGAGUCGUGGCCUGGUGUACACCCUACGCAGUCUCAGUAUUUGGGGAGGAGAUUCUUUCACCCGAUGCAUUUCAUGGUUAUGCUUACGGUGAUGGCCGAGCAGCAAGUGUUGGGGAAUUUCCUACUGUAAAAGUGAAUGCUAGCAAUAACCAAGAUAGUUAUGAUUUUGUAACAAAGAGAUGCCCAGACAAGUACGAGUUACAGUUAAAAGGUAGUGGUCCCACACCCUUCUCUAGAAAUUUUGAUGGUAGAGCUGUUUUAAGAUCGAGCAUUAGGGAAUUUUUAGUUUCUGAGGCAAUGCACCAUUUAGGGGUCCCUACAACGAGAGCCCUUUGCUUGGUUGCUUCAAAAUCAGAGUUUGUCGAAAGAGCAUGGUUUAAAAGUGACACGUACAGCGAGCAGUACAAUUUCCCUCCAAACUUUAUGAUUAAAGAAAGAUGUGCCAUAACGACACGUGCGGCCUCGUCCUUUUUGCGGGUUGGCCAGAUUGAACUUUUUUCAAGAAAAGUUAGGAACGGAGAUGAGGGCGCACUUGAAGAAAUGAAAAAGUUUCUUAUGUACUGCUUCAAGCGAGAAUUUCCAGAUUUAUAUGAACAUGAAAGUCAAGAUAUGAAACCUCAACAACUCGCACAGCAGACUAUAAAGUUUUUAAAACUUUUUUCUAAACGACAAGCAGCUCUUGUAGCAGCGUGGCUUCGUGUGGGGUACGUACAGGGAAACAUGAAUUCUGAUAACUGUUUACUAGCGGGUAUCACAAUGGACUAUGGCCCUUUCGGAUUCGUCGAAAAAUACGACCCUUUGUGGACUCCAUUCACCAGCGACCCUCAACAGAACUUCGGGUUUGAACGGCAGCUAUUGGCUUCUUAUGUAAAUUUUGCUACUCUAACUAAAGCGUUAAUGCCAAUUUUUGAAGACAGUCGAGAAAUGAUAGACGAAUUACAAGACGUCCUUCAAAACGAUUGCAAACGAGAUCUAUUGGAGGCGCGAGAUUUGAUGCGUCAACGCAAACUAGGACUUUCUGAUUGGUCCGAUGCUGCCAAUCAGAAUUUGUGGUCGCCAUUAUAUGAAAUAUUGCCCGGAAUGGACUACAUUAUUUUCUGGCGGGAACUUUCUCAAAUUUCACUAAAAACCUUACAGACCUUUACCGAGGAGGAAGUCGCUCGUAUAUUUGGCAGAGCUGCUUAUGAUUUGGAUUUAUUUUACGCCGAAAAAAAACAAAAAAAACUUUUGUUAUGCGUUGAGUACCUUCCUCAUCUAGGGUUUUUCCAGUGUUUCCUCCAUUUGACUUAA